AUGGGAAAGCGCCGGCGGUGGCAAGGGAACGACAAUCCGCGAGCAGUGGUGGUGGUGCGCCGCUGGUGGUGGCUGAGCAAAGAGAGGAGCAAGAUUUUGGGUUUCCUGGUUCACGUGAAGUUGCCUAAUCUAGGCAAGCUUUACCAGAAGAUUUUUCAGAAUUGGUGCUUCACUACUAAUGCUAGCUAUCACAGUGGAGGUAGAAUUGUUGUUGCUUGGAAGUUAGGAAGUUUCAAUGUUAACAUAACAGCUGCUUCUAGCCAGUUUGUUCAUUGUCAUAUCAGUCCAGUGAGUGGUAUGACCCCUUUUCAUUGUACUUUUAUCUAUGCUUUCAAUGAGAGUCAUAUGAGGAAAGAGCUAUGGAGAGAUUUACAAUUGCUGAAUGUCCAAGGACCUUGGAUAUUAUGUGGUGAUUUUAACUGUGUUAUGCAUAUGGAAGAGAAGAUAGGUAUGCCUGUAAGGCAAGCUGAUAUUGUGGAUAUUAGUAAUUGUAUGCAUGUGUGUGGCAUGGAAGAUAUAAAGAGUGUUGGCAAUUUCUUUACCUGGAACAACAAACAACAGGGGCAAUUUGAUCAUUCUCCUGGACUUCUCACUGUCUAUCCUAGAAGUGAUGGAGGAAGGAAACCAUUCAAGUAUUUUACUAUGUGGAAAUCUUCCCCCAUUUUUCUUGAUACUAUACAAAUGGCUUGGAAUUCCCAGUGUUUUGGCAGCAAAAUGUAUGUUUUGACCAACAAAUUGAAGAAAGUUAAAGCUUCUCUUAAGGAGCUGAAUAGAGUUGGGUUCACUGAUAUUCAGGCAGCUUAUUUGAAAGCUCAUCAUGGCAUGAUUGCUGCUCAGGAGGCAAUGCAUCUGAAUCCACAUGAUAAGGAGUUAGCAAAUAUGGAGCUGCAAGCAAUUCAAGAGUAUAGAACCACUCAUAAAGCCUAUCUAGACUUUCUGAAACAAAAAGCUAAAGUGGAGUGGAUUAAAAAUGGGGAUGAAAACACUUCAUUGUUUCAUCAGAGUAUUAAAAGCAGAAGACUGCAGAAUCAAGUGUAUAGUAUUUUUGACAAGGAUGGGGUGUGGAGGGAUAAACCUGAUGAGGUGUCAGGUGCUUUCUUGGAUUAUUACACAGAACUUCUGGGAAGUGUUCAUGAUAAUAGAACACAUGUUAUUAAACAGAUAGUUCAGUCUGGUCCUAUCUGUCAGAAUCAUCACAAAGAUAUUCUCAAUGCUCCAUAUACUGCUGAUGAAGUUAAAGCUGCCUUGUUUUCUAUUCCAGGAGUCAAGGCUCCAGGUCCUGAUGGUUUUGGUUCCUAUUUUUACAAAGAUGCAUGGUCCAUAGUGGGGGAUGAUGUUGUUUCAGCUGUAUUAGAUGUACUUCAGCAUGGCAAGCUACUCAAGGAGCUUAAUCAUACUGUAAUUACUUUGAUUCCUAAGGUCAAAUGUCCAAGAAAUGUAAGUGAGUUCAGACCCAUUUCAUGCUGCAACACACUGUACAAAUGUGUUACUAAAGUUUUGUGUGCAAGACUUAGACAAAUUCUUCCUGAUUUGAUCUUUGAGAAUCAAGGGGGGUUUGUUCAUGGGAGGUAUAUUGUUCAUAAUAUCAUGGUUGUCCAAGAUCUUGUUAGGCAUUAUGGGAGGAAAGGAGUGAAGCCAAGCUGUUUAAUGAAGAUUGAUCUCCAAAAGGCCUAUGACACUGUUGAUUGGAACUUUCUAAAGGAUAUGUUGACUUAUCUGGACUUCCCUGAGCAGUUUGUUAACCUAGCACUACUACAGAAAUACCAUUUAACAGCGCUUGUUUUUGCAUUUAACAGCGCUUCUAAGAGCGCUGUUAAUCGCUCCGCUGUUAAAAGAAAAAGGCACAUUUAA